AUGGAGUUGUUCAAAUCUCAAUCUAAAUUAGUUCUAGAGAAUGUGCUCGCAAUGAAGGGCGGCCAUAAAGAGUCUAGUUAUACUGUUAAUUCUCUUUCAGUUCAGAUAAAGAUUGUUCGGGCUGUGAAACCAAUUCUGGAGCGUAGUAUUCAUGAGAACAUGAUAUUGAAGCUGAAUGAAGGAGGCAUAUUUAAGAUAGCAGAUUUCGGGUGUGCCACCGGAUGGAAUACUCUUCUUGUAGCAGACACCAUUGUCAGAGCUGUGCAACGCACAUUUGGAGAAACAGAGGAACCAGAAUUUGAAGUUUAUUUUGUUGAUCUUCCUUCCAAUGAUUUCAAUUCACUGCUUCGAAUGAUGCCUCCAGCCCAACAAACCUGUGCCGAUGCAGAAAAUGAUGGUGAUGACAAUCCAGUGGCUACAAGAUCUUAUUUUGCAGCGGCUGUGCCAGAGAGUGUUCAACAGACAAACUCACCUCAUGUGUACGUUUCAAGUGAUUGUGAGGAGGCAGUCGGAUUUGCGUAUCUGCAGCAAUUUGACAUAGACUUCACAUUGUUUUUAAAUGCUCGGACAGAAGAGACAGUUGAUGGGGGGUGCGUGUUUAUAUCUCUGGUGGGUCGCAAUGGAGAGACACACAUAAUGGAGGAGCAAGGAACACUAGGAGAUAUCGCUUGUCACUUUGAAUACGCAUUCCAGGAGCUAGUGAAUGAGGGUUUUAUUGAGAAAGAGAAGUGGGAAUCCUUCAAUCUACCCUGCUUUGGUCCAAAUCCGGAAGAGUUUGAGAGCAUAGUUAAGAGGCAAGGCUCGUUCAGGAUGGAGAGUGUAAGGGUGUUGGGAGAAUUUCCUUUGCAUCCCGUGACAGAGGUGAUGAAAGGGGAGGAAGAGGCGUUUGGGAGAAGUGUAUUGAAUCAUUAUAGAGCACUUUUUGAGAAUAUUGUGGAAGCUCAUUUUGGAUGUGAGCGUUUGACAAAUGAAUUCUUUCUAAGAAUUGGUAAAAGAGCAGCUGAUAAGUUUGAGGAGUAUCUCUUUAAUCAAAUAGAGUUGGUUGUUGCCUUUCUCAUCAAAAAAUGA